UUUCGCCAUAAUGUUUUCGAGUUUUUUCACUCAAAUCUAGUAAUAUAGAUUUUGCCUUAAAAUUAUUAAAAAAGUACUAUUUAAACUAAUUUAACCAAAUUCAAACUACUUUUAAAGCAAGGCGUACGUGCGGAUAAAUGCGUUUGCGUAGAAAUUAAUCAGCUAUAGCUUUCCAAUGAACAUCUGACGGCAUGGUUAAGAUGGCCGCAACAGAAGAGCAGGAUAGGAAAAUAGUGCUGGAGUUUUGCCAUCUGUUGGAGAAGUCCAAGCAGCUGUUCAAUGGGCUGCGUGAUCUCCCCCAAUAUGGACACCGGCAGUGGCAGGCUUACUUUGGGCGAACCUUCGAUGUUUAUACCAAACUGUGGAAGUUUCAGCAGCAACAUAGACUAAUCCUAGAUUCUAAGUACGGAUUAAAGCGAUGGCAAAUCGGUGAAAUAGCUAGUAAAAUUGGACAACUCUAUUAUCAUUACUAUCUUAGAACCAGCGAAACAAAUUAUCUGAAUGAAGCGUAUUCCUUUUAUGCUGCGAUCAGAGGUCGUGCGUACUACUCCCGCGCAAUCAAAGAGGACCGGCCUGAUCUGAUGGUUAAGAAAUUACGUUACUACGCCAGAUUUAUUGUUGUUUGUUUAUUGUUGAAAAAGAUGAAGCUAGUGAGAGAAUUAGUUAUUGAAUUAGAGCGACAAAUACAGGAAUACACGACGACCUACGAACCAGAAGACCAGCUCGAAUGGUCCUUAGUAUUAGACGAGAUCAAAGGGUUCAUCAAAGCGGAGGCGGCAGUAGCAGUUCUUCACGCGGACUCGAAUCCAAUCAUUUUAUCGCACAGUGGUUCUGGUUCUAGGUUAAGCCCGUUAACGACGCCUCCCUGCGAGAGAACGCCGCACAUGACACUAAGCCUGCAGGAAAUACUGAUUGUGGGGUCUGCAUGCGAGCAGGCUAAGUUCUCCGAACUAACGAUGGAUAUGUUUAGAAUGUUGCAAACAUUGGAGAGGGAACCAACCGAAUCUAUGCAUCCACUUGCAGGACAUCCAAUGGUGGCACAUGGCGGGCCGCACGAUGCAAGUCCUGCAGCCAGUCGAAUGCCACCGUAUGGUGUACCAGGGUCCAAAGGUUACGUGGAAAACGGUGAUCGCCGAGGAAUGCGUGAUAAUCCUCACAAGUAUUUACUGUACAAACCAUCGCUCAGUCAACUCAUGGUGUUCCUAUCCAGCGGAUUCAAGGAGUUGCCGCCGGGUGGAGCAUUACUGCUCUACAUGUCCGCCGACGGAUGCUUCUCGACUACGAAGCAUCCCCAAGAUUAUGGUUAUGAAUUGGGAGGCUUAGCAACCAGUGUCAAACGUGAUGCUGUCGAUGGUGGGCUGACCGUGAGGGGCAAGUCUAGCGCAGGUUAUAAGGAGCCACACUGUCUCUAUCCAGGAGAUUUGUAUCCGUACACGCGUAGACCUCUGUUUAUAAUAAUUGAUUCAGACAACUCGUUCGUAUUUCAGCAUAUACCAAGGUACUUUGGGCAACCGUUGGUGAUAUUAAUGUCACCGCAAGACGUCCCAGCGAAUUUCCAAGGUAUUAAUUUACAACACCACGGAUCGUUGUUCACUCUGUUUCUACAUUCGCCUAUGACGGCCUUGUGCUACAUCUGUAAUGUUGGCGACGUUCCGAUUCACCACUGGGAGCGAUGCCAGAAUUACGUCGAUCGCUUUGUGACGGAAGCUUCUCGGCUGGUGACUCGGUGUCGAAUGGACGAAAUAGAGCAAGGUAUAGGAUAUAUAGAUUCCUCCUAUGUGCAAUUUUUCGGAGACGACUUUCUACGUACACUCAUACUGCGGUUUGUAUUUUGUGACGUGACCUUACGAUUGCAUCGCGGAUUCAGAGGUCGACAUCAACGGCCCCGAUGUGAACCUCCUCUCCCAGCAGCGGAAUUGUUGGAACAUCCAUCGUUAGCACACAUUAUUCUACAGUUGGCAUCGGCCUUAGACGUUAGGGGGCACUUUAUCGAAGGACCAGAGGGAGAUUGAUGGAGCGAGUUGGCUGACGACAACGUCAUCAACGAAAUUAUCAGAACUAGCAGAGUUAACUCUACCAUCACAUUACUGCUUUCAUUUCUACUACUGCAACUGCAACAAUUUAACGGUAAGCGUCACAUGUAUAAUACCUAUCGAUCGGCGGUAUGCAAUAGGAUUGUGUUCAAAGUAAUUACCGAAGCGGGCUAUGGUGGUGGUGAUCGUACGGAAUUUUGUCUCGAGUUGCAAUAUUACACUAGAGAGCUUUUUAUUAUGAUUUUAUGAACGAUAGGUUGGAUGUGGUGCCAGAGAGCCCGAAGCGAGAAAAUUUUCUGGUGUGUUCACAGCCAUUUACGCGAUGAACUGUUAUUUAUACACAUAAAUAGAGGAUUGUUGUAGCCGGAACCGUAGGUUUUUGAAGACGCAUUUUCAUGACAUGUUAGUAAAAAUUCACUCAUUGCUGCACACUAUAUAAACAGCUUAUGUUCGCGGGUCAAAUGGAACAGUCCACUUGAAAUUGAUGUCUUUAUUACGAAACCACAUGCUAAGUUUAUCUUAUCUUUUGUUAACAAAUUAACAAAUUGGGAAAAACAGUGAACAAGGGCAGAGAAUCAAGGGUGCUUAAAAUGAUGAUUCUUCACAUUUAGAUGACGUUUUGUCUUUGAAUGUGUUUCACUAUGCUGAAGGAAAAAAACGGCGUUGAACUCCUUCACCAGAACAGUGCGACUCAAUCCUUUAUUCCUACACUGCCUGUUUGCAGAUUUAGUUUCCGCUCCUUCGCAGUAUGUGGAAAGCCACCUUCAUAUUAAGUUCUCGAAUUACUAUUUACAUUGUCUUCCUUCGGCAACUAUAAUGGAGUUCAUUAUUCGAGAUCCAGGGGUGGGAUUUCGCAUUGCGAAACGAGUGAUUUUGGUUCGUUUCGACUACUUUUGUCAUUAUGAAUCUCGAAGCGAGCUCGAAACGAGCGAAAUGAAUAAGGCAGUAGUAGAGUUUCGACCAAAGUUUGACAUUACGUAACAUUGUGUUCGAGCAUUUUUUAACUCGAAACGAGAACAAAUGUCUCGUCACGUCGACAAGAAAUGGUUGAUCCCUAUACGUCACAACGUUGAUUAUAAUACUAAAGCUUACAUCAAAGAAAAUUUCAAUUGCAUUUCCUUCCCACUCUACAUUGUUGUGCCAGAUCAGUCCCAACAAAUGGUGUCGACAACGGUGCCGAUUUCGUGCCAUUUUGCAAUGAUUUUGUCGACUUGCACUUCGUAUUCGACAACCAAUUACGAGCCAAACCUGUGCCAAUCUGGCACCGCGUCGACUGAUUGUAAAACUGCUCGACUCUUAUUAUGGCUCUAUUUUCAUUUGAGAAAGAUGAAACAAAAAAUUAAAUUUGCGCUGUUUACUGAUAUUUAUUUUUUCAUACAAAAAUACAGUUGUUAUAUUAUAUUUACCCCCCGGUACAACAUCAUAUUUUUUUUAAACAAAUUGAUUAACAUUUAUGAUAAACUAUCUGAGGCUCAACAUUUUGGACUAUUAAAUUUAUUUUUUCAGCUUCGAAUUUUCGCAAUAUUUCCUCAUAGACUUGCCGUAGAAUCCGGCACGACCGCUUACAACUUACAUACCGGGUUUUCUUAUCGUUAUCAGGUACAUUUCAAGAGAUGUAAAUUUAAUCGUCGGAUAUUUGGUUGUAAUCAGCUCAAUUAUCGUUAUCGCCAUCUUCAAUACCUGGCUUCGACAACAUUAACAGUUGAGACGGUAGAGUUUGUUUCUGGAAUGAUUUAAGAGAACUUAUAACAUGAAAAUAAAUUAUACUCAUCCAUAUUUACGAGUCUUGAGCUUCAAUAUUCUCAAUAAAGUUGUUGGGUUAUCGGUUGCGCUAGUUUGAUGAUUCCACCAGUCAGUUCAUAUUCAUAAUCACGACGGUCGAUUGUACAUCACUGAUAUGCCUGGUCAUCCAUCACCUCCGUCGGUGGUGUCAUUCUUUGAAUACAUCUCUUUUUUCAUCGGUUGACAGAAAUUCGACGCUCAUUCGAAAUGAUUUUCCUGCCACCACUAUAUUUUUGCAAUCACGGAUGUUUUCGCUUGAAUUCAUCCGUGAAUUACUGCAUCCAUUAUUUUGAACUGUUGUGGUAUUUUUUAGUAUUUGUUUAGCUACAGUCUCCUUAGUCUUUGGCCACCAUACUGGUGAGGUAAAGGUUACCCUAGACCGCACAACUGCAGUUGUUUUUGAGGGAUUUAUGCUCAGACCUUCUGUGAUACACCAAAAUCGUGUUAGGUUUAAGGCCAUCAGCAUUCUGCUCGAUAUCGCGUCGUCGAACUUGCCACGUACCGUUAUGACUAGAUCAUCGGCAAGGCCCACGAAUCCUUUUGCCUCUAAACUUAACAAAGGUGAGGUGAUAGAACUGUACCUGCAGAUUUGUAAGGUAGAAAAGAUCUUACCGCGUUUACUACUCUGGCCCUCGUGAAAACUACUCCAGCAACUAUGUUUGCGAGAUCCUUUGCGUUUUCAGGUCCUGUGAGGCACCUCCGAGAACAUUUUGUGUCGCCAUUAUUGUCAGGAUUUGUAUCCGAGUAGACAGAUGUAGAUGACGGGAAGUGAGUCUUCAUCAGUAAGUUUAGUACUUCUGAGUGGGUUUUGUGAACGAACCGUCAUCCUUUUUAGCAGAACCAGGCCCGUUCGAGUGGUCCUUUGCCAGAGUCUUAUUGAGUCUAGCAACGAUUGAGGUAUUUUCAAUGCUUUUGCAGUUAUAUACCCAGGAUUUUCGUUUUGAUCGUCUCAGUUCUCUGCUGUACUCAGUUAGAGCUCUCUUCUAUUGAGACCAGAAAUUUUUGCUCUGCUGAACAGUUUACGCGCGGUAAGGAACGUUUCUUGUUGAAGAAACUCUUCUUGGUGAGCAAAUACUGUUGUAGGCAGAGAGCGUUAGGUCUAAGACUUAUCUGAUAGCGUUGAUGAAUGUUGGUUCAUUUCAUUUGUUAUCGAUAUCUAUAACUUCGAUCGUUAAUGUCGGUACUUGUCCACAUAGUGUGAUGAGCGUUGGCAUCACAUCCGAUGACGAAGUCUUUGUUAAUUACCCUGCUAUAGUUUACAAACGUCGUUACCUCUCGUGGCGAACGUCGCUAGGAAAGAAAGUACCAUUGCAUUUGGUACACACUUACAUAGUAGCCAUUUAGGCGUAAGAGUUUUCUAUCUGUUCAUCCAUUACCCAGUUAAACCGGACAGCGGAGACAGUUGGUUGAUCAUUGUUGAGUUAUUUAUAGAACAGCAGCCCGAUGUGUCUUGCAGAGCAGUUGUAUGGAUGAACCGAUCUUAUUUCGACCGUGGAUCAAUCUUCAUCGCUGAUUAUUGUUUCGUGGACGUAGUUAUUCUGUAACAACACAAAGAUGGUCAAUAAGUGCCCUGAGUUUUGAGCUCACGAUCGAUCGCUUACUAAGCGAACGCGCAACCAAUGUGGCUACGGAGACGCCCCGGAUCUUCCGUUGGCGGUUGGAAUUUCGCGUCGCGUCGAUGAGCGGAACUUUAGUGUUCCGCAUUAGGUUGGGUUGUCCGAUCUGAUGGUUCGUUUGAGAGAAUCAGAAUCCCAUCUGUUUUUUUAUGUCAAGUUUUUUGCUUGUUCCAGUGGAUUGUUCUGGAUUUGAAGAAAGUCACCUUUUUCACUUGGCAUAGUUGAAGUUCCUAACCUGUUUGCAAUAGCCGUUGGGUUUUUACCGCUUAGGCCAGGAACACUCAGAUUGUCAAGCUUCUUCUUUUUUGGAAGAUCUUCGCGGGAAACUUUAGUUUACCAGAAACCCUACUGACGACUUUUUGAGUAUUUUGUGGCACCAAAAUUUUUGAGUCACUGGUCUCUGAAGAUUUCAUAUAUAAACCCAGGUAGGGUUUGUGGAGUUUUACGAUCCCUCAUUUAUGAGCCCCAGAUCUCCUUUGACUACACUGGAGUUUCGCCAAUCCGGAAGUUUAUUUUGAAGUUUUUGCUAGCGAGUUGACGCGUGGAAGCGUCGUCGACUUUUAGCGUCCAGUCCGCGUGGAUUUGAUUGGGAUUGGAUCUCUUGAGUUUAUGCCACUUAUCGGUGGGGAGAUUUUCAUUUUGGCCUCGUGACCUAUGAGACUUUUGAGUCUCUCAUCGGUAAAUGUUGCGCUUUGUGGGAAAAAGGCGCGAAGAAUUUCUGGAAGCGGAAUAUUUUUUGCGUCUAGAGCAACCAGUUUUAUGUCAUCUUCUACUAGGGCGGUCCUAUAAGUACUUAGUCUCAUCGCCCGAUGGUGUCAGUAUCGCAAGAGAGAUUACUUAUCGUGUAGUACAUUCUCGGACUCGUAGUUUUGUUUUGACCGUGUGUGGAAGCGGGCGUGUCCGCGGAUUUUAGAAAUAUGGAAAUAAUGUAAAUUCCGCCGUCUCCACGGCCAAAUUGGCCGAAUUGCACUACGAACUGCUGUCCCAUCCACCGUAUUCUCCAUAUUUGGCCCCGUUUUGUUUCAAAACUUGAAAAAGUCACUCGCCGGGGAGAAAUUUGAGUCGAAUGAGGAGGUAUCGCCGCCACGGAGGCCUACUAUGCAGACCUCUAGAAAACGUAUUUUUCAGAUGGAUGAAAGAGGUUGGAGCAUCGCUGGGUCAAGUGUAUCGAGCUUAAAGGAGACUAUGUUGAGAAAUAAAUCGCCACUUUUCCAUAUUUUUUGUUUUUUUUUGUAGGUUAAGUACUUAUCGGACUGCACUCGUAGAGUGAUCCUGGGAACUAUUUUCUUCAACCAUUCCAAAGUAUGAUGGUCUUUACAGAAAGGAUUAGAUAACCUGACUUAUACGAGCAGUUGAAAAACAUGGGUUUCACCGAAUCGUUUCUUUCUUGCAGUAGUAGAGCAUUUGGAUGGAAUCUAACUGAGCCGUAGUUAGGUAGUUGGGAUAGUCCUCCGGGAGGGUUUUAACUUUGAUCUGCUCCAAGGCUUCCCUGAAGAAGAUUCCAGAUUCAACAGUGAUUUUUGUAAUGUUGUUGUUUUGAAGAGUGUUAUGAGCAUCUUUUUUUUGCUCAUUUAACACCGCUCUUUUACGAGGGCAGAGAUUUUGCUUUAAUUUUUUAAGAAUCGAUUUUUCGUCGCUACUAAGCAGCUCCGAUUCUCGGGGCGUUUUGUUUGCCCAGAGAUAUGCUGACUCAGUGCUUGCAGUCGAGCUCCCUUUGCAGGGAUCCCAGCUGCGACCAAGUUCUUCAGCUUUUUUCUCUGAACCUUGGGGAGAUUUUUCUUCCACGAAGAGUGGACCCUCGGCUGAAUCUACAACCCUAGAUUCAGUUUUUGUAGUGACGUUACAUUCGUCAUUUUCAUCCUCUGGCGACUCAUAGCGAGUCGGAGUGUUGAGGAUGGAAGAGGAGUAGGACUGGACAUCCGCUGGUGCGUCGCUAGUUACUUAAUCCUCUUCUACACUCAUAGAUCUCUAUGGUGGUUUUUUUCCGACAGAGAGAUGCUGCAUUAGUGACCGGCUUAAUGCAGUAAGGGCAGACGAUACUGUGUAUGGUGUCCUGGUGCUCCACAGGCUUCGUUAACGGCAGGGUUUAAACCCCCGACCAUUCAUCCCUCGGCACGGGUCGCGCCACACCUUAGCUUAGGGGUUUAUCCAUUACUUUCUUUCCACAAUAAUGGUUCUCAAUAAUUUCAGGUUCUUAUUCGAACAUGCUAUUAUUGAGUUCCGUCAUUCGCAGAAGGUGCUAACAAACCAUGUUUUUUGAUGAAAGAAGGAUUUUUGAAUAUCAUUUGGUGUCGAACGCACAAUCGAUCGAUGUCUCUAAUUGGCGGGGAAGGGGUAUUAUUUGUGCUGGGUUCUUUCGAGGAGAAAUCGAUGUCUAAUAUGCUUAUUAAUUAUUGAUCCGAAAACUUGUUUCAAUAGCUUAAACAUUGCUUUGAAAACAGGCUAAUGCAGUCACAAAUCUGUAUAUAAACGGGUAAACGGGUUCCCGUUCGCUAAUCUCUUCUAACAACGUUGUUUUAUGUUUGCUGAAACAGACACGGUUUGCUGAGGAGCGUCGAACGACAAUGAAAUGUCUUUGUCAAGGGAGGAGGAGAACAGUUUGAAUUGAGUUUUCAACAAGAGUUCUUCUCAGAGCUAGAGACGAAUGAACUGCAGACGUUUGAAGUCUCUAUAAUUCAACAAGAAGAAGAAGAAGAGAGGGAAAAACCAUUUAGUUGUGAUUGCGAAGUGACAUGAGAAUGGUCUCGCUAGCAAUUUUUCUGCCGCCGAACUGAACGAAGCUGCAUUUGAAAGCAGCAUUAUCGAAUUUUCACGAAUGCCGCUAUCAACCGAUGAUUCCAAUUGUCGGGGGUUGGAGAGGGGGUAUUAUUUGUACUGGGUAUUUCAGAGGCGGAAUCGAUUCCUCCUUUGAGUGUUAAUGAUUCCGGCUAAAUGAAAUGAUAUGAUAAUCACUUUAUUCGAAAGAUGAAAUGUUGAAGACCUACAUGCUUGUUACUUAUUGACUGCUAAGUCAACGGUAGUCCUACGUCCAUCUUGCGGUUAUAUUACAGAUAUAACCCACUUCUAGUUUUUUCAAUACCAAGAAAGUGGUAAUGGACAUUUCAAAGUUACUGUUCAUGUAUCAAGAGCUCUCACGGAGUCAGGACGGAACAUCUGUCAGUUGGAGAAGGAAGCACUCGCUUUGGUAAAUCAGUUAUCUUGAUCGUUAACUAAAGUAGGCGUGUCAUUCUCAUCGAUGGUUGCGAUGGUUGGAUUCCUGAGAUGUCACACAGCUUAACUCGAUGACAUUUACGCUUUGAAGUCGUUGUAUUGUGGAUCAGUUUUUGAAUACGCGUUUUGCGUUUUGGAAUAUGUCUGAGAUUCGUACCAUGAACGAGUUCAGAUACGCUUCUUCAGGUAUGGUUGGUUUGCCUUGAAAUAAUAAUAUGAACAACUUGAACAUAGUCUGAUGAAGUUUCACUGUUAUCAUUGUUUGUUCCAAACAUUGUUUCGGAGACGACAUGUACCUCAUAAUCACAGCUGAAAAAAACAGACGUAGCUGAGUGAUUACCAUAUUAUUUUAUACCAUAAGAUCGGGUAAUAUUUGACGGGAUCGAGGUUUGUUCGAUUGGAUUCUGGAAUAAGGAUGAAUGACUUACCAUUAUUACUGGAUUCGCCGUCGUUUGAAAAAUGAUACCGUUUAUGUAGGGGGAGGUUUUAGGGCUGGUCAUCUAUGUAUAUUUUGGCUGCAUCGAAGUAUCGCAUAUUUCAAUCACCUUUUUCGUGUAAUAAGAUACAUUUAUGACCCAGUGUAUUAUGGACUGUCUUUGCUUCUUGCUUCUUUUGGCUUUUGAAGUCAUACUGUUCUGUUUGUUCUUUGUUUUGAGGAGGCUUUAAACUUCGAAGUUCAUUCGCUUCUCCAGUUUGGUAAUCUAAAGUCGUAAUUUAUUUGCUCCAACGGUCUAGAAUGCCAGCAUUUUGUUAGAAAAAAACGCUACUUAUACAGAUUGAAAUAACAAAUACGAAAUUGCACGGUACGAUAGAAAGGAAACCUUUUCAUUUUCUUUUUCUGGUCGAGUUGGUAUUGUAGUACAGGCCACGAUGUGGCCAGGAAUGCGCGUUUCUUUAUCAAAUAAAGCAUGUUUCCAGGUUCAUUUAUUUGCAAUAAAAAUAACUUUGUUUGAUGAAAUGAAAAAUACACAUCCCAACCAGAUUUCAUGUUUCAAUUCCGGAGCUUUCAAAUCACAACAAACAUUUUGUGUAGAGGAAAGGGGGUAGGGAAGUACUUUGAACAACGUGUUUGAAUCACCAACGGUUUCAAAUCUUUUUUUAAAACCAUCCUAUUCGGAAUGUUCGACUUUGUAAAUUGAUUGCUACCAACCUGUUUCUGUUCCGUAAUUAUCAUUUCUUCUGAUUUCAUUAAAAUGAACUCGUCGUACAUAUUAGAAAGAAAAAUGGUGCAAUAAUUCACUACUGUAAAUAACCCAGCUGAUAUUUGGACAAUAUGAACGUGUGAUCACUGCCGCUAAUUCGCUUCAACAACAAAAUAAUUAAUGUAAUUAAAGGUAAAAACCAACAAGACAAAAGCGUAGUAGAUACAUUUUCUUGGUUCCGUUUCGUUUUGGGAAAUAUUUAUGCGAAGAAGAAGAAAAAGAAAAAAAAAACAGAACAGCAGUUGCGUCAAACAGCACUUUUGUGAGAAAAUAACAAGAAGAUGGAACUAUUGAAUGGUGUAGCAAAGAAAUAUAGUAAAAAGAUACUAAUUUAGACGCAUUAUACACGUUGAAAGGAUCGGUUCUCGCGUGAAAAAAUAGAAUACUAAAAAAACAAAGGAAAGUAAAUAUAGAUUUUUUAGGAAGUGCUGUAAGGAUACGUGGAUGCAAAUAUAGAUAGGGAAUUAUAUAUAUUUAAAAGGUAAUAAUGAGUAGGAUAAUAAAAUAAGAUAACGAUGGAUUAGCGUGUAUUUGAAUGGAAGUAUUUAGAAUACAGUUUUCCUUGUUUCGGAUUCAGUUGAACACACACACACACACACACACACACACAAAACCUGAUGCAAGAAUGAACAGUCUAGUCACGUGUAGAUAAUAUGAUAUGUAAAAGAAAUCGGAGUAAAAUAGUAAAGGUAGCGAAUGUCUUGCCAUCAAAUUCUAGGGCUUAUCGGUUUGUUCAAGAACGCAAAACUCGUUGUAUAACACACCAAUUUAUUUGUUUUAGUCUAAGUAGAGCUUGAGCGAUAAUGGUACGUUCUGUGUGAAGAUUAGAGUGUUAAUACCGUGAUUAUGUGCGUUUUCACAAUGUACCAUGGCGCUUUGGCAUAUGAACACAACUAUAGCCGCGGCCUAUAUAUCGAUUUGGCCUAUCAACCGAACGAUUCGUGGAGAUUAUUGAAGGUAUAUCUCAUGUCGAAUGGUGAGUCUUGCUCUGUUGUUUCUUUAAUGAUGGAUGACAAAGGAUUGAACAUCACAUGAAAGUUUCGAUGUUAUAUAGAAGAUGGUAAUCCUCAACUCAGUUCGUACUUCUAGCAAUAUAUGCAAAUGGUAAUCGAGUUAUUAUUUUUCACCGGAGUAACAUAUAUCAUGAUAAAACCCACACAAUGUUUAACAAAAACACAUAUGAUGAAUACUCGACAAGUUUUGAGAAAAACGAGUAAAAACGUGCAUGUGUUGUUGAAGUUUAUAUUUAUUUUUUAAAUUUUUUUAUUCUUUCAAAAUAUUAUUCAAAAUAUUAUAUAUUAUAGAGCAUUUCUGUAUUAGUCCAUUAGACCAUUCAUUACGUUAACAUCAGCUUACACAAAUAUUUUGCUUCUACACAAUUUCUUAUGGACUUCUUAUUGAUAUCAGUGAUCUUCUUUUCUCCCCCCAUUGUACAAAUAUAUAAUAAAUCAAUUUGAUUAUUUGUAAUUAUUGUUUUUUAAAUUCUAUGUACGGUUUUAAAAUUAUACACCAUUAGGUGCACAAGUUAAAUCGUUGUGACGCUUGAGAAUUUGCUAAUUUAUUUUUAUUCUUGAAAAUGUCGUUCGUCACUAGUCUAGUCUAGUCUUUCACAUCUUUUUGAUAGCAAACGAAUUCUUUGUUUGAAGAAGCUUUUCGGAGCGAUCCACAAAUUUCCACAACCCAGUUUUUGGUCUUUCCAUAAGAAUGUAAAUGCUGUUCAGCCAGGCCAUGCAUCACCAAUCAAAACAAAUGGUAGCCGAGGUAAGUUUUAACGACUUAAGCAACAUGUGGUCGGAUGUUGUUCUUCGGCAAGCGCACUUUUUCGCGUCUUUGCUUAUAUUGCAACCGUUUUCCUGCAAUGCUCGAUUUGAAUGCAUAAGUUGUCUUCGAUUGCGAGCCACUGAAAUGUUUCACCCGGUUUCAACAGUUUAUAACUUAUAACUUGGCGAAUAAACUGAAAAGCAUCUAACUUGGCAUAUAACUUGGCGAAUAAACUGAAAAACAUCAUCGUCAUCACUUACAACGCCGAGUUGGUCCCAUCAUAUACACAGCAUUAACUCGAAACCAUGGAUGUGUGGCUUGAUCGUCAAUGGUGAUUGACGACCGCGAUUUGACUCCAAUUCUGCAUUUUUCUCAAUUCUAACCUCACAUUGUGCCGUUUUGAAAAACAGCGAGACUACGCGACCUUUUGGCUACGGAAACCGUAAUGAAGAUCAAUACAAUUCUGUAAGUGUUCAUACCAACUUAUGAAACAUUUAUGCCGCUCACAAAGAAGUAUAAUUUUUGUUAUCGAUUGUCAAAUUGAACGGCAAUAAUUUCGAGCAAUCCAUUUUCGGCAUUCUUCACGAAACUCGUCCUGGAACGCACGAGGAAAACUCACCCUUCUAUUCUCCGUUUAUGCCUCACUUUAUUUGAGACAGAAAACAUUCACCUAUCAUCUUCGCAAAGUUAAUUCUCGAUUUGAACGGAAAAAUACUGUCUCGAUUAGGCUCAUCUAUUCUCAGAGAAUUUUGCAUUCCUUCAUAUACCUCUCGGUAUGACGUUAGAUUGUGAGAGAAUCAAAUUGGAAUCUUUUGCUUGAGAGCCAGCGAGUGUCUCUGAAAAAUCAUUCGUUCUUCACUCAAAUAGUAAUCAUUGAGCCUCGAUCGCGGCAGUAAAAUAUAGGUAGAUAGUUGAAAUCGAAUUGUUGUCUGUGCACUAUUGCAAUGACAUUUUUUUUUGUUUCUAGUAUGAAAUGAGGGAAGGUGGAUUGAUGUGCACUUGAUUGCUGUCAAGGAAAAGAGUACAAGGGAAAAUAAAAUCAUACAUAAACGCAGAUUCAGUCUAUUUUGACUCACUCGUUAUUUUGUUUCGUGCGAUCCACCCAAAGGAGUAUUCAUUCAUUGAAUGUUGUUUUCCACUCUUUGUUUUGUUAUGUUCACUAUCAGUCCCGAAUGAAGAUGGUCGGAGAGUGUAAAAUGAUUCAUCGUGCAAUCUCACCAUUGCUUGCUGCAUUCUUUUCGCCAUGAUUAUUCCAAGCAGAUACAAGAGUGAUUUAUAAUUAGGUGUCGAGAAAUGAGCGAAUGAACUCUUUCAUACUUGCUUACAGUUUUUCAUAAUUGAGGCAUGUUUCCAAUGCAGUUUUGUAGAAUCGAUACAUAGCCCUUCUGUACUCGCGCGCAAAAUCGUAAUUCGUAUACUCACCGACUGUGCGUGUCUCUGUAAUAUUGCUAUGGCGUUAUUGGUAUUCAUUUAAAGAAAAAGAUAUAAUUGAAUGAAAAAAAAACUCAAGAAAAUAUUUUUUCUUUAGCUUCAUUCAGUUUUUAUAACCAUUUAAUUCCGCCACCUCAUUGAUUCUCGGUCUGUCAGACCGUAUGUGCGAGUAUAGGAGGGUUAAGGCUACUGAGUUUGUUCAAUUUUUUUUCUCUUAUUAAAAACACAGUCAUGGUCUAAAAUUAUAAAAAUUACUUAUAUCUCUGUAGGGGUUUGGAGAAAAAAAAUUGAGUAAUUAAACUAGGAUAUUUCUUUUUCCUUGAGACUCUGCGUCUCUGAUAAGACUUCUGAAUCGGCUAUGUUUUUUGGAACCCUCAAGGUAAAACCCCCACGUGCUCUGUCUCGCUUCAGAAACUUGUUUCGAUUUCUGCGUUGGAAUACACUAGACGGCUCUCCCGCGUGUAUUUUGGAAUGAUGAGACGCAGCGGGAAUUUGAUGUAAAACACAUUCAGCGGCUUUCGACGCAUUCACUAGCUGUCAUUAUUAUAUUAUUAUCGGGGCCUUGACAAUCCUAUCCCACCCAAUAUAAAUUGAGCGUAGGCAGCAUAAAGUUAGGGCUCACGCAAUUGUUUGGAUAGUAAGACGAUAAGAGCGGUGGAGGGUAUGUUCGACUGAGCGAGAGGAAGAGUGAAGGUGGUCCCAAAUGUCUCAAAUUCUGCAUUCUCUUAAGGUGAAGGUGGAAGCUAGCCAUUGUAGUAGUAUAGGUAAACCCACGUGUAAAAAUGGGGUAAUAGUGUUUGUGAGAGAAGAGCAAAGCACACUUAAAUAGAUCAAUUCACUUAUCAGACUGUGUGACGCUUCAUUGACACGAGUCUUUGAAUGCAUUUGAAAAAAAAAAAUAAUAAUUCAAUACUCAAGUAAAAUGUAUGAACGAUAUGUUCCGAUGAACAAUUGCAAACAUAAACAUAUAUAGAAGGUGCAUUUGCAUAUGAAGUAAAAUUCUGAUUAUACGCGAGCGUAACAUGAGCAAAUUUAUAACACAUGCGAAUUGGGGCUCUUAUGGGUUCUUCCGCAUAGUAACUCGAUGUUGAUAAUUCUUUAAAAUUUUCCUUCGUUGAUCGUAUUGUUUUAACAUAUUCACGUUGGAGAGCCUUAACCCUUCUCUUCGUUGGCCGAGGCAUUUUGAUUGAAUGUAAUACUUUUCCGUUUACUGUUUUUGAAAGCAUAGGCAGCCGUGGCAGUGUUCCGAGCUCUGCAAUAAAAUUUUCUUACCCAAUGUUAAAGUUGCCAAAAUUUACAUUAUAGACUCAUCAAACGUAAAAAUAAUAAUUGUAUUGAUAUCAACACAAUUUCAUUCUUUUGAUUUUUAUCACAUGAAACGCUAUGACUCAGGAGUAACAUUUUAUUGAGUGGUUUUAUAGCUGUUUCGAUGAUGUUGUCUGGCAUCAGUGUCGAAAAAAUAACGAUGCUUUCACCAACACAAACAACCAUUGCCGAAGAUUGAAAAAUGAAAAUUUAACUUUCAGAACACUUGCUCGAGUUUUCCGACGUUUUUCACUAUACAGUGCGACGGCAGAUGGAAAUUUAAUAUCUUAUGAGUAAUCGAUUAGAGUUUGGUUGAUAUUACUUGAUGGGAACUGUGCGAAAACGAUCAUUUUCUUCACACUGUUUCGCAAAAUUAUUGAUUUUCGGGCGAGGGGUGAGGGAGAGAGAUGAUAGAAAUGAGCGCCAUUGUGACAGCCAUUUGUGGCUAGCUUCUAUCUUCACCUAAAUCAUUUUGGUAAUCUGCUUCCAGGGUGUUUUUUUGAAUAUGUAGCUUUGAGAGUUGAGUAUUGAAUCAGCCGUUAUGUGGCACAAUCAAACGUCCAAACGUCAAAUUUGUGUAGCAUCCUUUUUUUAAUAAAAAAAACUUAUAUCGCGGAUUUUUGUCCAAUAUUUGUCGGAUCACGGAAAUGUAACUUGGCGGAAGAGGUGGGUUUUCCAUGCGUUAUUUGUAGUGAAUCUCUCACUAUAGAUGAGUGCAAUGAACAUACAUCAUAUAUUCGGGCUUGUGUCACAUGUUGUACCAUUCAUUUACUGAUGUGUUCCUGAAGAGAGAUGGACUUUUGUUGAAUGAUUCAACUUAAUUUAAAUGUUGUCGAGUAAAUCGGCAUAUCGCGAAAACUAAGUGUUUAAGGUGUAGUAUAUCCAACUUAUUGCGAAAUCUUGUUGAGAGCCAACUGAGUCGCUAUAAAUUGGUUACUGAAUUUCGUGAUCGACACCUGCUGUCGUUUCACGAUCUGCAGGUAUUUUAGUUAACUUGGAUUGUUUCAUGGUCUUGAAGAUUUCUGCUACCUUUAUCCUCCCUGUUGCCGUGUAAAAUUAAUGCCCUGGAAGCUGUUUGGAGUAUGGCUUUACGUUCAUUUUGUCGUACACAACGACGCAGUCGAACUCCGUGUGCAGUUUCGUAUACACCUUCCGUUGUUUGACCAGUUCCGCGUCCUGUAGUCGCAAUUCGGAAUUUUCACCUUCUUGUAGGACGACAGUCCGGCACGUUAUUUGACUCGCCCUCGCACUGUUGUGCGCGAAACUCCCAACUUGCACCCGACGUCUCGGAUUGAGAGGAUCCGAGUUUCCACUACAUUUGUUACUUCAAAGCGUCUGAAACCCUCCUCUCUAGAACGAACGACACAAAACGACAACAGAAAGAUUGUUCAAAAAGUAUCACAAAUUUUGAACCUCCGCAGGUUACGCAUAUUUGAUAUUCGUUUUUUUUGUGACGCUAAGUUAAUACUCAUUUAUUCCAAGUACUAACUUUCACUUAUUCCAACAAGUUCGACCAUUUUGAAUGAUCAGCUAAUUUUUGACAGCUGCUCUUCAAUUUUCGCCAAUUCCAGUUAGCAGCUUUCAUUGGGAUGAUUGACCCUUGGUUUCCACGUCAUAACCAUCAACCCAUGAUUCGUCACCAGUUAUGACCAUCUGGAGCACAUUUGGGUUGUCGCGGACACAAUCCAACAGCUUCUUAGCAUUGUAAUGCGAUGGUUUUUUCGGUCGAAAUUAAGUAAUUUUGGUACAAAUUUCGCGGCGAUCCGAUCAUGCCCAAAUCAUUGGUAAAAAUCGAAUGGCACGAACCAAUCGAUAUGUUCAGGUCCUCAACAACUUCUCUAAAGGUGGUUAGACGAUUAGUCAAUACAAUACUUCACUUCAUCAAUGCUUUCGUCUCUUGUUGAUGUGUAAGUGCGCACCAUGUGCAUUCUGUGUCGACUUGCUGCCAUUUGUUGUUUGUUUACCGCGCACCAUGAAGGAGGUUGAAAUCUCACGGGGUGAAGCGGAAUAUUAUCUAUACCACCAUCCGUCGGUACCGGGAGACGGGCUCGGCCAAGUACCGUGCGGGAUCCGAGCGUCCGCAUUUGGCGAGGACGCCAGCAACCAUCAAGGUAGUGAGGGAGCGGGUUCGUGGAAAAAUAAACCGCUCGAUCCGGAAGACCGCAGCUGACCUGGAUGAGUCGAUCGGGACUACUCACACCAUCAUGACGAAGGACCUGGGAUACAAGCCGUACGAGAAACGCAACGUUCACGGGGUAACGAAGGCUACAACCAAACUGAUACUUUCGUGUCGUGUUUUCUGAUGAGAAACUCCUUGUCUUGCAUCAAACGCACAAUGAAUAAAAUGAUCGGCUGUGGGCGUCGACGUUGGCUAGCAUCCCCCCGUCCCACAUAAACAUCCCGCGGCUCCAGAGCGCCGCUUCUGUGAUGGUUUGGGGGACCGUAUCCAGGCGUGGGAAGCUCUCAAUUGUGUUUAUCAAGGAAAAAUGUGAAAAUAUACGCCGCAUGCUAUCAGACCGAGGUCCUGAAGAAGGUUGUGACCCCGGAGCUGCUCCUAGCUAAUAUGAGGUCUGUUCAAAGAGUAUCGCGACUUUCGAAUUUACGUGGGUUACGUAUAUUCGAAUUUUUCGUCAAAGAAAUUUCCUCCGACUUGCACUGUGAUCACGCGUAUUCUAGAGCUUGCCACUCAGAAUGCAUUCAAGGCGUGUUAUUUGGCAUAGAAAUCUCAACUAAGUACUAAUAAAAAUGACGCAAGUAAUACUACGUUGAGACGGCGAAGUUCCUCUAGGAACGUUAGUGCCAUUGAAGAAGAAGAAGAAGAACGUAUAUUCGAUUCUAGAUUUUUUGUGGCAUUAUGUUGCUCAUGUCUCUCACUUAUGCUGACAAGUACGGCUGUUUUGAAUGUUCAGUUAAUUUUUGACAACUGCUUUCGAUUUUUGCCUAUCGCAAAAAUGGAUCAAAGAGUUUGUAUAAAAUUUUGUGUGAAAAUCAAACGUCGUCGUAGAGAGUAACGAGCAAGCCGGCCAGAUCAGAAAGUUUGAGUUUUACUGGUGUAAGUACACCAAAGGGCCACUUCCUCUCACGUGGUACUAGUACUUCACUUCAUUGUGUUGCUAGUGUCGAGCAUCCGACAAUAUUUCCAGGGUAAUGGAGAUUGUCAUUUGUAUUGGGCAUUUAUUGAAUGGUGAAGGAAACAGAGCCGUUGAGGGGAACAGGAUAGAUAUCUACGAUGAUGAUCAAAUUGUGGAUAUGUCUAUUCUGGACUAGGUAAUGAAAGCUACCAGAGACCUAAAAAGCACAAAGCAACUGGAAAUAUCGAACCUAUGAAAGGCAGGAACAAGCAGAUGUAUCGUGGAAUACACCAGCUCAUUUCAAGGGUUUGGGCCUAGGAAAAACUAAGUGUAUUUUGGUUGAAAGGACUCUUAUGGCCUACCAACAAAAUAUCAGAUGCCCAAUUCUGUCCCGUAUCUUAAUCCAUAGACUGAGGCUAUUGCAGGGAUCCUUUGUAUGCGAGUACACGUGUGGUUUUCGGGAGGGCCGUUCCAUAAAGGACCAUCAGACACAUCCUCUGUUUUGAGACUCCAGAUUUGCGUGCGAUUCAGUUAAGCAUAAUGAGUUGUGGCGAUCGAUCAUUAAACCUCGAAUGAUACCCUAUACAUUGAUGUACAUCAAGCGUCAAGAUAGUGGGUGUAAAUUCGGACUCGUUUGUGACGUUGGAUGACGAACGAAGACGCGCACGCAUUUGGGUCUGCUUCAGAGCGGUGGCAGAGAGUCAUUACCGGCUCGAGAGAGUAACAGUGAGAAUUUUUGCUCUACCUGAGCAAAAUAUCUGGUGGCUGGUUCAUGUUUGGGGAGUUUUUCGAAAUACGAAAUACGAAAUACGAAUUUUCGAAAUCAGCCGAUUAUAUAACAGUACGGCUGAAAAGUUUAUAAGUAAAACUAUUUUUUUUCGCAAAAUUCAAUCUUAUUAUUCAAUAUAAUUGCCUUCGAGGGCGAUACAGCGAUUAUAGCGAUAUUGAAACUUGAUACCAUUUUUAUAGUACUCUUUCGGGUUUUCCUUAAAAUAGGCCUCAGUUUCAUCAUCGGUCUUAAAUUUCUUGCCAGCGAGCAUUCUGUUCAGGUAUGCGAACAGAAAAUAGUCGUUGGGCGUCAUAUCUGGAGAAUACGGUGGAUGCGGAAGCAAUUCGAAGCCCAAUUCAUGCAAUUUUGCCAUCGUUUUCAUUGAUUAGUGUUUUUUUUUAAUUUUUUCACAAAAACAAAAGUUGUUUCACUCUCAAUGCUGUAACUCAAGAACCAAUCGACCAUUUGUCGAUACAUUUCCAGAUAUUUUUACAGAAAUUCUUCUUUUUAAUAUAAAAACAUUACCAAACACAAUUUUCGUUUAAGAUUUAUUCACAAUUUGGGAAAAAAUAUGUUACCCUUAUACAUAAACUACGCAUUCGUGCAUUCAUAAUUUUUAUAUUAAAGGUGUGUUCAUUCUACCUGAAAAUUCAUUACUGUCAGUGUCGCUUCCCAAACGAAACGAAGCUGAAUGUCGCCAUCGCGAGUCGCAACGUGAGAUUAGGGGGACAGUUGAAAAUGAAACGUGUGGCACACAGAAAAGGUAGUGGCAAACGCCUAAAAGUCGGCCAUUCUUAGCCUAUGCGUGAUUGUCCGAAGAAAAGAAAUGAUGUUUCGCAGAAUUUAUCUCUUGAUUGAAGGCAGGUAUCGGACAUCCGUUGUAUCUGUCGUGAUAUUCGUGGGCAUUCCACUUAGGAUAAAUCUUCUGUAAGUUGCAUGACACCGUCAAAAAGAACAGACAUGCAAUUCUUGUCUCAAAAUACAUUUGACCCUACAUUUCAUUUACUGGUACUAAAUAACACUUAGUACACUUAGCUAUUAUAAUAUUGAACUACUUUGAUUAUGGUUAACUCCUAUACGAACAUUUCGUUUAGAUAUCGUUCGAAUUACUUCGGAAUGGGAACGAAUGAAUGAUCAUGGUAUAAAAACAACGCUCGAUAAACCAAAUUGUUAUUCCCCGUUCAAUGGGUUCGCAUCAAUUUACCAUCUUAGUUCGACCCAGAUAUUUUUAUGAUAUUCUGCUUAUGUGGAAGAAUGUCUUUCACCGUAGAUUCGCUCGAUAGUAUUAAACAAAAUCACAAGUCUUAGAAUGAAUCAUAACAAAUACUAAAAAUCACUGCCCUGUGUGUUUCAAUGACUAAAACGGGAUAAAAAAUGUUAUAUAACCAAUAGGGAAAAAAUCAAAUGGUAUGCUACACUAUUACUUCAAUUGCGUUUCGUUCGCUUAAAAAAAACUUUCGUUGUAGGAAUAUUAAAGUUUCGACAAAAAACAUUUUUAGAGGCUACAGCAGGUUUACAAAACGGAAGUUUGAUAUCAUAGUUCGAACUUUUUUGUAUUCAGAAAUAGCAAUUAACAAAUGCUAAAACAUGCCACGAUUUACCGACAAAUAAAAAAUAGAAGAGAAAAAAAAAUAACAAAAAAAGAACAAACCAUGAUAAGUAAAAUAACGCACAUUUUACAUAAAACUACUACUGAAUAGUCUCAAAUACAACAAAGCAAGCCACAAGUAUCGUUAAAGAGAAACAAAACAAGUAACAAUACGAAACAUGGAAAUAGUACAUUUCACAAACCAAAAAAAAAUGCGUUAAAUUUUCAGUUCUGCAGAACAUGGCUAAAUUGCGUAUAACAACAUACAUUUUAUGUGCAAACCUCAGAAGUAGGAAAACGAACAACCGUUUGAUCGUUUUGAUGGGACAGAAAAUUCGAGAAUCAUUGCGUUACUGUACAUUUCUCAAGACAACAAGUAAAACGAUAACUAGUAGUAAAUCUCAAAAUAUAACUAUUCAAAAUAUGCGAAUCACACACUCACACAUACAGAAGCAAGCAUUCAAUACAUUUACAGUGACGUCAAGUUUAUGAAAUUUGAUUGAACCUUGGUUUUACCAAAUUCUGAUUAAAUCAAGAAAAAACAAGAAUAAGAGAAAUAUGAAAAAUGUUACAAAAAGUCUGAACUAUAUAAUAAAAUAAUAACAUUAAAUACUUUAUUAAAGUAUAUAUUUAUUAUCAACGAUAUACAUAAUGAAUUCCAUAAACAAAAAAAACAAUCGGGAGAUAAACACGAUAGGAAAAACGCGACACACGAACAAUUUUAGGUCGAUGCGCAUUGAAAAACUUUUUUAUUGAAAAAGAUAAAAACUCACGUAACGCGAAAAAUGAUGCUAACAAAACGACAUUUAAUCAGUGGUGAAAAAGUAUAUACCAACCAACCAGCCGCUUGUAUGUAAAAACUCAACUGAAUCAUCUUAUAUUCGACGACAACCAAAACAAAGAAAAAAAAAUAGAUCAAAAUGAAGGUAGAUUAUUUCGGUUCGACAUAAUUAGAUACUUUUCUAUUUAUACAUUCAGUGUUACGGUGAGAGACAUAUAAGAACAUUCAACACCCGGAAAUAGCGAAAAAAGAAGGAAAAUAUCCCCAGAAAAGGGAACAAACACAUAACAAGAAGCAUCACAUCACCGUUUAAAAAAAAGCAGAACCCUCACCCUAGAAACAAAUAUAGUAUAAAUCGAUUACGAGAUCUAUCAAAUCAACACGUUUCUUUGGAUGACUCGCUUUCAGUUUAAUUGAAAAAAAAAGAAACAUGAUAAAGUGCGAGUGAUGAGAUUCGAUGAUCUUUGAAAAAAAAAUGAGUGCUUACUCUUUGUUUUUAUUGCAUCCGAUAGCUGCUGAUUGUUUCGAAACUCUUCCAAUUUCAACUACAUAUUGCUUUCGAUAAAAAAUCGCGCGUUAAAUUGUCGUUACUUUUUCCAUGCGUAUUGGUAGGAACAUAUGACAACAACAACAACAACAACAACAACAACCAAACAAAUUUGUGAACAUAAUAUGAAUGAAACAAAACAAAAAAAAAAAUGAUGAAACUUGUUUGGGUUUCUUCAAUGUCAAUAUUGUACAUUUUGUAUUACCCCCUAAGUAUUAUUUCGGUUUGGAAAUGCUAAUCGGAGACGAAAUAAAGAGAGAAAACCAGAUAUUAUAAAGAAAAUAAUGAAUGAUAGUUAAAAUAAAUGCUUAUAUAAACA